UUGGCCACAAUGAAGACCUUACUUUUUUUGGUUCUUGUGGGAAUAGGCCUACACGAUGCGGCGGCAGUGAUUCAUUCUCUGAAGUAUUUCUACACUGCAUCUUCUGGAGUCCCAAACUUCCCAGAGUACGUGUCUGUUGGUUUGGUUGAUGAAGUCCAGAUAAGCCACUGUGACAGCAACACCAACAGAAACGUACCCAAACAGGACUGGAUGAACAAAGUCACAGCAGAUGAUCCACAGUACUGGGACAGACAGACUCAGAUCUGUGUGGGUAACCAGCCAUCCUUCAAAGCCAGCAUUGGAAUUGUAAAGCAGCGCUUCAACCAAAGUGGAGGUUUGUUUAUGUUUAAU